CCUCAAAUGAUACAUUAGAUUUUCGGGUCAUACGACAUUCUCACGUUCAUUUGAAAAUUUUGCUAGUUUUUACACUUGAUAAAAUUAUUUUUAUAAGUGUAACGCAACGAAACAUUUUAUGCUUUAUGCAAAUCCGGCGGGUUGGAGCAGCCUACCAUAUGAAAUCGGCUCUGCCUCUCCGUCCCUUAAAGGACCGGCAGAGUGUUUCCUCAUGUCGUCAGCAGACGCCGUGAAGCGGUAUGGAGGUCUAGGGCUGCGGGCUGUGUCGCUGGACCCGGUUGCGCAGUAAAAAAAAGAAAGAAGAAUAAAGAUCAAAAAAGAAAAUGUCCCGCCGGCUACGCUGCUGUCUUCUGGUGAUAUUCUUACCGAUAGCGCUCUGUUUGGAUUUCCAAGAGCGCUCAACGUAUCACGGCGGCACACAGACUGGAGCAGCGGCGAUUCGGACUUGGGAGAUCGGCCGCGCAGUCGGCGAGCGGUCCGGCGUGGAGGAGCUACAUGCAUCACCACGCCACCAAGUUCGCGAAAGGAGCAUCGCAGGGGAUGGGGACCGAGAGCGGGACGCAUGCAAAGCCCUUCGUGGUUAUGAAGCCGUGUUAGCCAACAAUACCCACAAUUAUGUUUUCAACGACCUGAGUGGCUCUGUUUCGCUGGCCUGGGUGGGCGACGACACAGGCGUGGUGUUGGCCCUGACAACCUUUCAGGUUCCUUUCUUCAUGGUCAAGUUCGGCCAGUCCAAGCUGUACAGAAGUACUAAUUAUGGGAAGACCUUCCAGGAUGUCACAAAUCUCAUCAACAAUACCUUCAUCCUGACCGAGUUCGGCAUCGCCAUCGGCCCUCAGAAUUCCGGAAAGGUGAUCCUGACAGCCGACGUGUCGGGGUACCAGCGAGCUCGGCUCUUCCGCUCCGUGGACUUCGGGAACAGCUUCUCCCACGCAGACCUGCCCUUCCAGCCGCUGUCUCAGGUCUCCUACAGCCCCCACAACACCGACGUGCUGCUCGUCAUCAGCCUGACGAAUGACCUCUGGCUGUCGGAGGAUUUUGGCGGGAAGUGGAGGAGAAUCCACAAGUCGGUGUGUCAGACCAGGUGGGGCACAGAAGGCACCAUCUUCUUCACCACCAGCUUGAAUACAUCCUGCACAGGUGAGCGGGGCAGGUUGGAGCUGAGGAAGACGACGGACUUCGGGGAGACCUUCAAGACCAUCGGAACCAAGAUCUUCUCCUUUGGGCUGGGGGGACGCUUUAUAUUUGCCUCAGUCAUGACUGGCAGGGGUUCCUUGCGUGCGAUCCAUGUCUCCGUGGAUCAGGGUGAGGUGUGGAACAUGGCCCAGCUUCCUCCGGUGGGUCAUGAGCAGUUCUACUCCAUCCUGGCUUCCAACGACGACAUGGUCUUCAUGCACGUGGAUGAACCUGGCGACACUGGCUAUGGCACCAUCUAUGUUUCGGAUGACCGCGGCACAGUUUACUCCAAGUCACUGGAGCGGCACCUCUACACGACCACCGGGGGCGACACCGACUUCACCAACAUCACCUCCCUGCGUGGUGUCUACAUGACCAGCGUGUUGGCUGAAGACAACUCUGUGCAGACGGUCAUCACCUUCGACCGGGGCGGCGAGUGGAGGCUGCUGCAGAAGCCCAGGGGUAGCAAAUGUGACGCCACAGCCAAGAACAAGGAUGUGUGCAGCCUGCAUGUUCACGCCUCCUACAGCAUGACCAUGAAGCUGAACGUCCCCACGCUGCCGCUGUCUGAGCCCAACGCCGUGGGUCUUAUCCUGGCCCAUGGAAGUGUGGGAGACGGCAUCUCGGUGAUGACGCCUGAUGUGUAUGUGUCUGACGACGGGGGCUACUCCUGGCUCUGGGCCCUCAGGGGCCCCCACCACUACGCCAUCUUGGACUCGGGGGGGCUGCUGGUGGCUGUGGAACAUACCCCCUCCCGGCCGAUCCACCAGAUCAAGUUCUCCACAGAUGAGGGCCAAUGCUGGCAUGUCUACAACUUCACCCAGGAGCCGCUGUUCUUCACAGGCCUGGCCUCUGAGCCCGGCGCACACUCCAUGAACGUCAGCAUCUGGGGCUACCAGGAGGUCAUGCUCACUCGCUACUGGGUCUCCAUCACUAUCGACUUUGGCCAGCUUUUCACCCGGGACUGUGACGAGAAGGACUACGUUCAGUGGCUGGCACACUCUGAUGACAUCAGCAACCCUGAUGAUGGGUGCAUGCUGGGAUACAAGGAGAAGUUCCUACGGCUGCGCAAAGACUCUGUGUGUCUGAAUGGGCGCGACUACGUCGUCAACAAGCAGCCCACGCCGUGCCGCUGCACGCUGGAUGACUUCCUGUGCGACUUUGGCUACUACCGACAGGAGAACAGCUCUGAGUGUCUGGAGCAGCCCGACCUCCAAGGGCAUAUUCUGCAGUUCUGCUUGCAUGGCCGGAAGGAGCAGCUGCAGACCAGCGGCUACCGGAAGAUUCCGGGUGACAAAUGCGAGGCCGGCAUCAUGCCCGAGCGGAAAAUGAUCGACCUCAGCGUGAAAUGCGUCAGUAACCUGCUGGAGUCAGAGCUGCUGGGCGAGAGGCAGCCCUACAGUCCGGUGACCAUCGUGGCCGCUGUCGUCGUGGUCAUGCUGAUGAGUGCCGUCGCUGGUGUGCUCUUCGUUAAGAAGUACGUCUGCGGUGGAAGGUUCCUGGUCCAUCGGUAUUCUGUCCUCCGGCAACAUGCGGAAGCUGGUGGCGCCGAGGGGUUGGACGAACUGGACAACCAGGGAGCUGAGUCUGGGAAGAGGGAUUACCACGACGACUCGGACGAGGAUCUCCUGGAGUAAAAGGAGCGGCAGUGACAUCACAGCACAGCUCGGCUCUCUCUGCCCCUCCUCUGUUGACCCUCCCAUCAUCCUUUCUUCUGUCCCCUCUUGCUACCUUUCAUCUAUGCCCCACCCCUCAAAAAAAAUCCUCUGGCAGCUCAGCCAAUGGGAAGAGCAGGACCUGGCUCUCAGUCCCACACGCAAGGUGUCUGGGCAUUGCUGGGCAGACCUGGGCAUUGCUGGGCAGACCUGGGCAUUGCUGGGCAGACCUGGGCAUUGCUGGGCAGACCUGGGCAUUGCUGGGCAGACCUGGGCAUUGCUGGGCAGACCUGGGCCGACGUCUUUCUCCUCGCAGUCUUUCAAAGAUCUUAAGCAUCCCCAGUUGGGAUGGACCUGUACUUGGUGACAUGCGGCUGUUAUCGGGGUGAGGUGGCAGGAUUGGGGGCCGCUGAGCCGCCAGCUGACCGCCUGACUCAGUGCUGAGCCCCCGUCGUGCUCUGGGAGUCGGUGGGCGACGGAGGCAAGUGGCACCAGCGGAAACAGACACAAACAUGCGCCAUGUGCUGCUUACUGUCUUUCAUCUUAAUUCAGUCUUUUCUUUCCCAGUAAUUUUGUGUGACUUUAGGCAUUGAAAGUAGUUUUAAAUUUAAUCAGUGUGUUUUUUUCCUGUCUCUCUUGGGAUUCACCUGGCUAUAAUAACUUGGUCAUUUUGGAGCCAGUGGAUUCUGGGAAAUCGCAGCCCUAAAAUCACUUGGGUGGGAUUAAAUGGAUUUAAAAACAGGUGGCAAACUGCAGUGAAAUUCCCACCUUUGUAUAUAAAGUCGUAAGCAAUAAAAAGGUUGAUGCAAUACCUUAGUCAUAAUCCACCAAAAAUUUAAUUGAAGUUGCAUUUCUAGAGAGUCACAUGCAAAUAUAACUGUGACAUACUCCUUUUAACACACGUUUGUAGAGUACAGUAUUUAAAUCAUUUAGAUUCUCAUUGACCUAAGCUGAGAGUGGAAGCAGCUUGGGUCACAUGAUCACAGUAUUUCUCUAACUCAUUAGGGAGGAUGAGUGGAACUUGGAUAAGCUACUGGAAUGUAGGUGAAUGAAUGUAAUAUGACAGCUUCACGGUCCAGUGUUACAGGAAGUGACAGGAUUGCUGUACUAUGCAGCACUGAAUGCUUCAGAGAUAAUUAUAAACCGGAUCUUUGGACAUGAACUUUGGCUAUUCAGUCAGCUAUGAGAACCUGCCCCCCCCAUAAAUAACUUGUACUCAGGCUUAAACAAUGGCUGAACAUCUAGACAAAUGGAAAAUGCAGAAUCCAGUCACCACGUUCAGCUGUGCAGGACACCUUCCUAAAAGCACAAAUUCUGGUCUCCGCCGUGAUGUUGGAGGUGAUCCGCCUUCCACAUGGCUGGGCGAUGUGGUGCUGAGACAGUGACGCCUUCUAAGGUCCUCUUCCAAAAAUGACGAUUCCUUUUUUUUUUGGCUGUACAUAACGCAUUAUCUCAGAAAGACAACGUAGACUGAAAUCUACCAUGUGAAGUCUGUGUCAAUGUUACAGUACAAUCGACAUGUUUGUGUAGGCAAACCAGAAAGGGUCACUGCAUUGCAUGUUAUCAUCCACCGAGGCUGACAAAAGCUCUCUGCUGGAAGGGCCUUUUACAGUGCUUAUGGUAAGGUAAUGAAGCCUCUGUCUUGUAGUGUUAGUAUUUAUUAUAUGUUGUUCUGCAAUGACGUCUCCAUUAUGGGUGUGGUUCUAUAAACGACAAACGGAUCCUUCCACGCAUCAUCAUUCACCAGCAGGGAUACUGAAAAUUUCAGUUUUCAUUUAAUUUUAAUAUCGGAAUGAUAAACAGCGACUUAGUGAAUGAACCACACCUGCAUAGAUGCUUUUAUCUAAAGUGACAUGCAGGGGAGAGCAUGAUCAGCCAGGCCCAGGAGCAGUGGGGGCUGAGGGCCUUGAUCCAUCCCUCUACCCUGGGAUUCAAACCAGAAGCCCUGCACGCGCUGCCUCUCCCAGCCUGUAGAAACCAUGUCAAUGCAGAACUAUCAUUCUAUGCAGACAUGUGAAAAUCCUGUUUUCCGUAUCUUUUUUUGCAUACUUGAGAUUUGUGGUUGGUUUGAUGGUUGCUACACGCAAAGUUUGACAUGGUUCCCGCUGUUCAGAAUGUUGUACAACUCAAGUCUUGCUUUCAUUAAAUAGGUUUUGUUUGUAUAUUGGAAAGCAAUACUCCAGUUUACAAAUAAACUCAGUGUUACUUUA